UAAACAAGUUUCCGGAAGACCUCUUGGGUGGGGCAGUCUUGCCUUCCUGAGCCUCCAGCCUCCUGCAGCUCCUCCAGCCCUCCGCGGACUCCGUGGGGUCGCAUCUCCCCCGUCCUGGCCCUGCCCUCUUUCUCUUCUGGGUCCGACAAGGAAAUCAGGAAAAUUCAGCAAGAUUUCAGAAGAAUUUAAGACAACCUGAAAGAGUUGGUGCAAGUCUAAGGAAGCAGAAUAUAGAUGAAGUAAAGUGGUCAUGGCGGCCAGACUCCUACCAGAGAACCUCUUGGAAGAACUGACCUGCAGUAUUUGUAUGGAGCACUUGAAGGAUCCAGUCAGCAUUCCCUGUGGCCACAGUUUCUGCCGAGGCUGUAUCACUGCACUGUGUGACUACUCUGAAGCUCAAGUCCAGGACUCUCUGCCCUGUCCAAUUUGUAAGAAGCCUUUUCAGAAGGAAAACAUCACUCCCAAUUGGCUGCUUUCACAAUUAGUCCCCAGCCUGCUCAGCCUAGAACUUGCUGAUAAGCAGUCAGAAGAUUCCAAACAAUCAGUGCUUUAUCAACUUUGCAAGCAGCAUGGGGAAAAGACCUUUUUCUACUGUGAAACAGAUGAGCGGUUCUUGUGCUUUGUGUGCAAGGAGCUCCGAGAGCACAGUACUCAUGUUGUCCUGCCAAUAGAGGAUGCUGCCCAGCCCUACAAAGAUGAAAUUCAGAGAGAGCUGGAAAGUCUGAAGGAAUCCAAAGAAAAAAUUAUGCAUUUGAAGGAAAACAAUAUGUUCCAGGCACUGCUGAACCAAAUCCAAGACAAAAAACUAAGGAUUGUGUCUGAGUAUCAACAGUUCCGGGAGUUCCUUGAUACGCAGGAACAACUCCUCUUGGCCCAAAUGGAGGAGCUGGAGAAGGACAUCACCUGUAAGAAAGAGCAACAUGUCACCCAAGUCUCUGAAAAAAUAUCUCAUCUUGAAAAAUUAAUAAAUAAAAUGGAGGAGAGAGCUUCUAAGACUCCAAGUGAAAUCCUUAAGAUCAGAAAACAACUGGAAGAAAGGUGGGAAAAAGAACAGGUCUUGACCGUGUUCACCGCAUCCCAAGACCUAGAAGAAAGAGUGUGUGCAUUCACUGGAAAGAUAGAUGCCUUGGAGGAAUCCAUGAGAAGUUUCAAAGCUCCAUGGCUACAAUUUCACCUUCAGAAUGAGACAACUAAGAAAGAGAUAUGCCACACAGUGGAGCAGAUGUUAUACCAACUUUCCACUGAAAUAAUAACCCAGUGCAAGCUGAAAAAUCAUCAAGGAUUCAUUUCUGAAGUACACGUGUCUGAAAUACUAGAGUGGGUGGUCCUGGGACAAUUAAAAGAAGUAUCUUCCAAAUUGAGGAUGCAAAUGAAGACUAGCCCCUUGAGAGUAGCUGUGAUUGGAAAUGAUUCCCUGAGUGAUUCAUUAAUCUGUAGUCUGUGUAUGUCGACUGUUCAGGUAACCACAGGAGGUUUUUCUGCCUUCAGGGGUGUCUUCACAAUCCCCUUUGAAGCUGAGUUUCAAAACCUACCAGAUAUUGAGACAUAUAUGGAAUCGGUACCAACUUACCUGAAGGAGAUAGAUUGUGACCAUUUUGAUGUUGUCAUCAUUAUUUUCAAUGCCAGCUUUAAAUCUAUUCAUACCAGCCUAGCAGUGGAGCUCCACAAUAUGGGGAAGAAGGUCUACUUCAUUGCAAUGAAGACACAAUCCAUCUCUGCACCCCGAGGCCGAUCAUGUAAUACGAGAAAUACAAAUCUAUCUGUAUGGAACCUGGAAAGGAUAGGUAUAAUUAAUCCUCAGGUAUUCCUGAUCUCUUUCAUGAAUGGUGUAUCUGACUCUGCAGCUUUUUCUAAUGUCCUUAUGACAUUUAAAAACCAGAGGGUGGUCAAGGCUCAGACUUUGAUGGAUUACUUUUCUCAUAUCUGUGUAGAUGCCAUUGAGAGGAAGAAGACUGCCCUGCAGGGGAUAAUUGGAGUGGAAUCUUUGAUGGUGGCCCUACAGGUCUCUGCUAGUUCUGGGGUUUUAGCCCAGCUCAGGACCUGUCUGAGUCAUUAUCGAAGGUUCUUUGGGGUAGAUGAUCUUUCCCUCACCAAUCUGGCUCAGAUGUUUGGUUGGAACAUAAUGGAAUUACAGGCCAUCACCAAGUCCUGGAAUUUGGAGGCACUUAUAAAAGACAAUCAAAAGUUAGCUAUUAUAGUCACAAAGGUUGAGGUAGCAAAGCUUCUUCACCAACACAGUUACCAAGAAUUAAAUAAUCAAGCUCAUGACAUACAUAACUAUUUUCUUGAAAUAGUGGCCAAUGAUGCAAUGACAAUUUUCCUGAAACUAUGGCUGGAGCUGUCUAAAGAAGCCAGUUGAUCUUGUAGGUCUCUGAAAUUAUGGCCAAUCCCCGGCAAUUUUCCUUCCAUCCAAAAUCCUUCAUCUGUUUAUCUUCCAAGUACUGCACCCAGAUAGCUUCUUGAACUUCCACAUCAUUGUCAUAGAUGACUGACAUAAUUAGUAAUUUUUGUAUACAACCAAACCAACCACUUGGUUUUAAGGGCUGUCAACACUUUCUUCUGUUCAAAGUUGGUCUUCCAGUCCCACAAGGAAGUUUCAUGAGAGUGCAGGACCUCUAAGCCAUACCUUUACCACCUAUAUCUCUCAUAACAAGCUCCCACUCUGGGAUCAAUCAGUGUCAGAGACAGAUUUGAGCCAGUUCACCAAUCUCCCAGGUCAGGAUUUCUUCCCCUGAUCCCUAAGUUUAACUUUAAUCCACAAGUAUUUAUUGAUGAACCCUUAUCAUGCUAGAUGGUGUGGGAAAUACAGAGAAGCACAAGGAGUUUCUGCCUUCUGGGAUAUUAUAAUCUAAUUAAGGAAAUCAUAGGACCUUGUAUUGGAAGGAAACUUGGAUGUUAAUUAGUCCAAGUCCCAUUUAAAAAUCUCCAUUGUAAUAGCCCUGAUAAAAAACAUCAAGUCCAGUCCAGGAAGUGAGUACCUCACAAGGCACCUUCUUCCACUUUUGCCUGACUUUGACUUUUGAUUAUGGGAAAGCAUUUUGUUCAAGGAGCAAAACGUUGCCUUAAAAGUUCUCUUCCAAAACUAUCUCCCAUCCACACAUCAAAAACAUUCAAAAUGCCUCAAAAGGUGUGACAAUACAAAACCAUUUAUAUCAGUCCAUUUUAUUGGAAAAUAAAGUGGGUGCCCAUCAUUUGGUGACUGCACAUAGACAGGGAUAUAACAGAAUAUCUCACUGUAAGCAAUAAUAAAUAUGAUAGACUCAGAGAAACAUGGAAAGAUUUUUCUAAAUUGAUAUAGAGUGAAAUGAGCAGGACCAGGACAGUUUACACAAUGAUAAUAGUAGUGUAAAGGAAAAUGAUUUUAAAACACAUCACUGAUCAAUGCAAUUACCAAUUAUUAUUCCGUAAGACUGAUGAUGAAGCAUGUUUCCCAGCUUGGCAGAAAGGUGAUGGACAGAGAUACAGAGUGGGACAUCAAUUUUUCAGACCUAGCUCAUGAUUUCUUUUCCUUAACUAUAUUUACUUGUUACAAUGGAGAACUCCUAUAGAGGAGGGUUUGGAGUUGGAAGAGGACACUGGUGAUAGUAAUGCAGAAAAAGAAAAAAACCUCAGUGAAAUAUCUUAAAAUACAAAGAAGAAAGCAGUGAGAAGUUCAAAAGAGGACAUAGAUAAGCUGGGAAGUUUUAUUGUCGUUAAAUUUAAUAUACACUUUAACACUAUGAAAGUUUAAGAUUGCAUAGACGAUCAUCUUUUAUGUUCUUUGCAUAUUGAAAUGUUCAUUUAUUAAUGUUUAUAAUAACAAAACUUUUAAACAAAAGUAAGAUAUGAAAACAGAGAGAAUCUUGUUAGAUGGCCUUCAGAUAAUAAACAUUAGGAGAGCCAUGAAACAGGGAGACAAAUGUCACCAAAGGUAUUCACUGCUGUCAUAGAGGAGAUCCAGUAUAACAUCUAAGGUGAAAAGUGGUUUCCUGUGGAUGGGGAGGUCCUACAAAUUUUGUGAAUUAUAUUUUGCUGUUUUUAUGAGGCUUCAUAAUGUUAGUGCCCUAGAAGAAAGCUGCAACCACUCAAAAAAAAUUUAUUUUUGGAGGGGGGAGGUUAAGUCAAUUGGGGGUAAGUGACUUACCCAUGGUCACACAGCUAGUAAAUGUGUCAAAUGUCUGAGGCCCUAUUUGAACUCAGGUCCUCCUGACUCGGGGCUGGUGCUUUACUCACUUUGCCAUCUAGCUACCCUCACUCAAAAAUUUUAACCUGAUAAACCAUACCAGAAAGACCAAGUGGAUGAAGAUGUCUAUUGCCAAAGAAAUUCAGAAAAUAGAGACAGCUAAACAAGAAAUAGAGUCACUGUUAUUUGCAGAUAUUUGGAAGUUCCUUGAGAGCCAACUAAGUUAUUGAAAUAAUAAUUUCCCUAAAGUAAUAAAUAUAAAAUAGGCCCAUAAAAAUCAUCAAGCUUUCUGUACAUUACUGACAAGCCUCCAUAGGAAAAGACAGAAAAAGAAAUUUCAUUAAAAAAAGCUACAAAAUGUAUAUAAUAUCCAGAAAUUCACCUACCAAAACAUACUUGGGAUACAUAUGAAUACUACAAAACACUCUUUAUGGAAAUAAAGGAAUUAAAAGAAGAAAAUUAAUUAUUCAUGGUUGGGCUGUAUUAAAAUAAUAAAAAUGAUAGUAUUUAAAUUAAUUUACAGAUUGUAUUGAUAAUGUAUUUUUGCUUAAUGUGAAGAUCUUCCCCAUCCAUUAAUAGACUCAUGAGACCUGCUUAAGUCACAUGUGGUGAGAGGUGCUUGCUGAACAAGUAAAACAGGAAAGGGUGGAGCACAAAGGAAGUUAGUGGAACUUAGAGAAAGUAAGGUUAGAGCUGAGGAAGAGAGAGGAGGCAAGCUAGCUGUGCUAUGAGUGUUUGUGGGAAGGUGGCGGGGAGGCUUUGAGAUAGAGUUGCUCUAUGUAGUGAUAAUGUGUACUAACUUCUUUGCUGCUAUGGUGGAUUUGGUUUGCUGGUUGGUAUUUGGCUUUCUGGUGUCUGAAUAAAUGCUUUGCUUCUGUCUUCUA